AUUAAUUUUCAUACUUUUCAAACUCGUAAUAAGUAACAAUUUAAGAAGUGGAUAUUUCCAGAAAAUAAAAAGAGGUGGUUUAAACCAUAAAGUGAAGGUCAGAGUCAGUUAACUCGAGACUCUCAUCACGUCAACAUCCACAUAUUUUUCUCCUUAAUAAUAUCAUAAAUUACGUGAAAAAUAAAACUAACAUCAUGUCUAGUAAAUUAAUAUUUAUUUGUACUAUUAUUUUAUUUAAAAUUAAUUUCUUCAUGUGUUCUCCAUUAACAGAAUAUAAUUUAACUGAUCAUUUUGUUAAAAAUCAUCAAAGAAAAUCUAAAAUAAUUUUGCUGCCUGAUGACAAUUUGGAAUUGUCAACUGAUGGAUUUUAUAAUAAUAAAUCAAUGGCUGAUGAUGUUGAUGAACCAUCAGAAUUUAAUGAUGAAGAAAUUGAGACAGAUGAAAUGUUUGAUAAAGAAAAAAAUUUAUCAUUUAAAUUAUUUUCAUCAAGGUAUAAUAAAAGAGGUUUUUCAUUUACAAAUUUAUUUGAAUCAGUUUUGGAUGUUGUUGCUGAUGGUUUUAGUUCACUUGUUAAUAAUGUUAUUGGUGAAGCAAAAUAUAGUAAAACAACUGGUAAUAGAGUUAGUUAUAAAGGACAUCAAGUGUUGAGAAUUCAUCCAAUGACACCAAGUCAAGUUGAUGAACUUCGUGAGAUGAGAGAAACAGAGACUGAGGAUAUUAAAUUUUGGACAGAACCAUCUGGAAAUAGAACAACUGAUAUUGUUGUGGCGCCAGAUAUCAUUGAUGAUGUUAAAGAUUUUUUUCGUCAAAAAAAAAUUGAAUACAAGGUGUUAUUACCUGAUUUACAAAAAACAAUAGCAUAUCAAAAUCCAAAAAUGUCAAAAGAACAAAGAGACGAUUUGGUAACAAAUCAAGGACAUUCAAUGACAUGGAGACGUUAUCAAAGAUUUUCUGAAAUAAUGAAAUAUUUAGAAUAUCUGGAAAUGAGAUAUCCAAAUUUAAUUGAAGUUGAAACAAUUGGACAUAGUUAUGAGGGUCAACCACUUCGAGUUGUCAAAGUAUCAACUGGUAAAAAUGAAAAAACUGGUGAAUCAAAGCCAAUUGUUUGGAUCGAUGCAGGUAUGCAUGCAAGAGAAUGGAUAUCGACAGCAGUUGCAACCUACAUUCUCAAUGAAUUGACGGAAAAAAAUUCAACAUACUCAAAACUUUUAGACACAAUUGAUUGGAUGAUUUUGCCAGUUUCAAAUCCAGAUGGUUAUGAAUAUAGUCAUGUUAGUGAUAGGCUAUGGAGAAAAACAAGAAGUAGUUAUUCUGAUGAAAGCGAUUCAAGUAGUAGAUAUACACCAGCUGGAUUAUUACACUUGGUAACACAUUAUACAAAAUGGUUUUGGGGUAAAUGUGAGGGUGUUGAUCCAAAUAGAAAUUUCGAUUAUCAUUGGGGACAAGAUAAAAUACGUAAUGGAGCAAGUACUGAUCCAUGUCAUGAAACAUAUGAAGGACCACAAGCAUUUUCAGAACCAGAAACAAAAGCAAUGGCUGAUUAUAUUAUGUCAAAUCGUAAUAACAUUAAAUUAUAUUUAACACUACAUUCAUACAAUCAAAUGUGGUUGGUACCAUGGGGACAUACACAUACAAAACCAUCAGAUUAUUCGGAUUUAAUACGUGCUGCUAAAAAAGCAGCAAAAUCAAUACACAAAGUUUAUGGUACAUCAUACAAAGUUGGAUCAUCUGCUGAUUUACUUUAUCCAACAACUGGUGCAUCUGAUGAUUGGGCAAAAGGUAAAGCUGGAAUUAAAUAUUCAUACACUGUUGAAUUAAGAGACAGAGGUGCUUAUGGUUUUUUAUUACCAGCAACACAAAUAAUACCAACAUCCAGAGAAAUAUGGGCUGGUAUUAGAACAAUAGCACGUAUUGUUACGACUGAUAUUUAAUUAAAUAAUACAAUAAUAAAAUUAAUUUAUUUAAUAAAUUAUUUACAUUUUAAAUUCAUGUAUAUAUAAAUAUUUAAUAAUUAUUAAUUUUAUAAAUAAUUGUAAAUAAAUAAAGCCUAAAAAUUACAAAAA